AUGACUAUAACCUUGAAUAUAAAGGUUAAUUCUGAGACAAAUUUUACGGUAGAGGCUGAACCUUCCUUUACUGUAAAGGAAUUAAAGAUAUUAUGUGAAUCACAAUCGAAUAUUGAGGCGCAAAAUCAACGCUUAAUUUGUAAGGGCAAGCUUUUGAAGGAUACAGACAUUCUUUCCGAUGUAGGGGCAGUUGAUGGUGCCACGGUUUACCUGGUUCGUAGCCAAGUCAACAAAACGCAAUCAGCUGCUCCUAAGCAAAAUACUGUCCCUCAACCCACAUUACAGACUACAAAUCAACCUGCUGGUCAAACACAAACGUCUGGACUUGGAUUUCAACAACAAGGGUUUCAGCAAGGAUUUUCUGGAUCUCAGCAACCAGGAUUUCAAGCUAACCCCUUCCAAAGCAUGCUUGCUGGUGGAUUUCCCAAUUUAGAUCCCACUCAAAUGAUGGAGAUUUUGAAUAGUCCAAUGGCACAGGAAGCUAUGCAGAGAUUGAGCCAGAAUCCAGAAGUUUUGAGGAAUAUUUUGCAGAACUCAUCUUUGAUGACUCCCAUGCUUGAACAAAAUCCUAUGCUAUCAGAAAUGCUAUCAAACCCGGAAUUGAUGAGAAGUAUGUUGAGACCCGAGGUUUUACAAGCCGGAUUGCAAAUGCACCAAGCCAUGCAGCAGCAGCAACAACAACAACCUGGGACUCAAACCAAUCCAAUAGGUUCACAAAAUCCAGACUUCAGCAACAUGAUGAGGCAAAUGAUGAAUGUAUUUCAGCAAAAUCCAUCUGUUGCACAGCCCACAGCACCACAGGUAUAUACCGACCCGAGGCCUCCGGCUGAAAGAUUUGCAACUCAGCUACAGGCAUUGGCUGAGAUGGGAUUCAUUGACACUGAAAAAAAUAUCACUGCACUUAUUGCGACCAAUGGCGAUCUCAACGCUACAGUGACCAGGCUGCUUGAAUCCAAUUUUUGA